AUGGCGUCCCUCGUUGCUGGCGCUCUCUGUGUCCUGGGCCUGACGCCUGCUGCAUUUGCGCGAGCGCCCGUUGCAGCCCGAGCCAGCGGUUCCCUGGACUCCUUUCUCGCAACCGAGACGCCCAUUGCCCUCCAAGGCGUGCUGAACAACAUCGGGCCCAAUGGCGCGGAUGUGGCAGGGGCAAGCGCCGGGAUCGUGGUCGCCAGUCCGAGCAGGAGCGACCCGGAUUAUUUCUACUCCUGGACACGCGACGCAGCUCUCACGGCCAAAUACCUCGUCGACGCCUUCAUCGCGGGCAACAAGGACCUGGAGCAGACCAUCCAGGAGUACAUCAGCGCGCAGGCGCAAGUGCAAACCAUCUCCAAUCCGUCCGGGGAUUUAUCCACCGGUGGCCUAGGAGAGCCCAAGUUCAAUGUGAACGAGACGGCUUUUACCGGGCCCUGGGGUCGUCCACAGAGGGACGGACCAGCGUUGAGAGCGACGGCCCUGAUUGCAUAUGCGAACUAUCUCAUCGACAACGGCCAGGCUUCGACUGCCGAUGAGAUCAUCUGGCCGAUUGUCCAGAAUGAUCUGUCCUACGUCACCCAGUACUGGAACUCAUCCACCUUUGACCUCUGGGAAGAAGUAGAAGGAUCCUCAUUCUUCACAACCGCCGUGCAGCACCGCGCCUUGGUCGAAGGCAAUGCACUGGCAACAAGGCUGAACCACACGUGCCCCAACUGCGUCUCUCAGGCGCCACAGGUCCUGUGUUUUCUGCAGUCAUACUGGACCGGAUCAUAUGUUCUGGCCAACUUUGGUGGCAGCGGUCGCUCCGGCAAGGACGUGAAUUCGAUUCUGGGCAGCAUCCACACCUUCGAUCCCGCCGGAGGCUGUGACGACUCGACCUUCCAGCCGUGUUCGGCCCGUGCCUUGGCAAAUCACAAGGUGGUCACAGACUCGUUCCGGAGCGUCUAUGCGGUCAACUCGGGCAUCGCAGAGGGAUCUGCCGUGGCAGUCGGCCGCUACCCCGAGGAUGUUUACCAGGGCGGGAACCCCUGGUACCUGGCCACAGCAGCGGCCGCGGAGCAGCUUUAUGACGCCAUCUACCAGUGGAAUAAGAUCGGCUCGAUCAGUAUCACCGACGUUAGUUUGGCCUUUUUCCAGGAUAUCUACCCUUCUGCCGCGGUGGGCACCUAUAACUCUGGCUCCUCGACUUUCAACGACAUCAUCUCGGCCGUCCAGACGUAUGCUGAUGGAUAUCUGAGCAUUAUCGAGAAAUAUACUCCCUCAGACGGCUCUCUCACCGAACAAUUCUCCCGUUCGGAUGGCACUCCGCUCUCUGCUUCUGGCCUGACUUGGUCGUACGCCUCCCUCCUUACCGCUGCUGCCCGCAGACAGUCCAUCGUCCCUGCGUCCUGGGGCGAAAGCUCCGCGAGCAGCGUCCCUGCCGUCUGUUCUGCCACCUCUGCCACGGGACCAUACAGCACGGCUACCAAUACCGCCUGGCCAAGUUCUGGCUCUGGCCCCUCAACCACCACCAGCGUUCCAUGUACCACUCCCACCUCUGUGGCUGUAACCUUUGACGAAAUCGUCAGCACCACUUACGGGGAGACAAUCUAUCUGGCCGGCUCGAUCCCCGAGCUGGGCAACUGGUCCCCGUCCAGCGCGAUCCCCCUCCGCGCGGACGCGUACACCAGCAGCAACCCGCUUUGGUACGUGACCCUCAACCUGCCCGCUGGCACCAGCUUCGAGUACAAGUUCUUCAAGAAAGAGACGGACGGGACCAUCGUCUGGGAGGACGACCCGAACCGGUCGUACACGGUCCCAGCGUACUGUGGGCAGACUACUGCCAUUCUUGACGAUAGUUGGCAGUGA